CCUGAGAGCCAGGAGACUGGGAUGAUUAUUCCUAAACUACUUGCUACAGCGUCUGACAAACUUAAUCUUGUCAAUUUUCAAACAGUUUCAAAAUGAGUAAUGAUAUAUCCAAGAAGAAGGGGAAGAAUUCAAGUGAGAAAAAGGCGAAAAGAAAGGCUAAAAGAAGAGAGACGUACGCGAUGUACAUCUAUAAAGUUUUGAAACAGGUUCAUCCGGACACUGGGAUUUCAAGCAGGGCCAUGAGCAUCAUGAACUCCUUCGUGAACGACCUGUUUGAGAGGAUUGCCACAGAAGCGUCCCGGCUGGCUCAGUAUAAUAAACGCUCCACCAUCACCAGCAGGGAGGUGCAAACUGCAGUGAGACUGCUGCUGCCCGGGGAGCUGGCCAAACACGCCGUGUCUGAAGGCACCAAAGCGGUCACAAAGUAUACCAGCUCCAAAUGAAGACUUCAACGCACUUCCGAGUUGUAAUGACAAGGCUUUCAACUCUGUGCACGAGUAGCUUUGUAACAUGGUUGAUUUGUAUAAAUGCAUAAAAAGAC